CUCUGCUCGUUUUCUUACUCUCAUAGUAGGCGGAGUUGGUUGUGGUAGAUAUCAGGCGACAUGUCUUCCCACUUUAUACUCUGAAGCCCACCAUGAAAUUUAUUACUAUGAAGUUCUUCCGACGUAGCAAGAAGCCCUCGCAGUCUGAGCUAUCCAACACGCCCGCCCGUGACGAUCUGGAACGAGACAAAUAUUGGCAGUAUAAUACCCACCACCGCGACCAAUAUCGGUAUGCCGAGAGGAGCAGCGUAUUCGCACCUUGGUUCAAGCUCCCCCCUCCUAUCUUGCAGAGGGUCCUUUCCUUUGUCUGCCCCCACUGUUGCGAUGAGUCCUACGAGACGUGCGAGCAGAGCGCUUUGGAGAAUGCCUGUAUGCUCUGCGACCUUCGCGACCUCUCUCACGCUGGUCAGGUCAGUAAGCGUUGGAGGGAGGCGGCUGUCAAGUUGAUGUAUCACAGCAUCCGUAUCGAUUCCGUCCAUUAUUGCGAGCGUGAGAUCGACCUUUCUGAGAAGCGGAAGCGUAGGAGCCGAUUCAAUCGGAACGGCGUCCCCGAGGACACGGCAAGUGCUAGGCUGAGCUUGCUAUGUCGUUCAUUGCGAGAAGACCCUACUCGCCUCGGGGUACUCGUUCGGUAUUUCAAGACGCCCUAUAUGUUACGAGAAUCCAGCGCGCCUACGCUUGCGAGAACCAUCGCUGUCUUGCCCAAUCUUCGUUAUGUUGACCUCCCAGAGGGCCUCUUUAGCGAUGAUUUAGCUUACCAAACCCUCAAGUUUGAAGUGCAAGCCCGAUGCCCUGAUCUAAGGAAGAUGACCUACGCCUGCGGCAGCGAGCGCAGCUUGGAAGCACUAAGCAGCGGCAAUGUAUGGCAAAAUCUUGAGGUGUUGGAGCUGGCUAAGAUCAAUAUGGAUCCUGCGGUACUGAGACAUGUGCUGAGCGUGCUUGGCUGUUUACGGGCCCUCAAAUUAUCGGAUUGUAGGGUUGUGGACGACAACAUGUUCAAGUACAACGACAUGCUGCCGGCUUUUCCAGCUUUGGAGGAGCUGUUACUCGUAGAUAUGACGAGGGUCACUUCAGAUGGCUUGGUGGCAUAUCUAUCAAGAGAGGAGACCCGGAAGAAGCUCAACGUCCUGUCGCUCACCAACACCGGCAUCCAACCCUUCGCCCUCCAUAGUAUUCUGGCAUAUGCACCAAAUCUCUCAACACUCUCCAUAACUAACCAGGUAGAUACCGCCUUUCCGUCUCACGUCAGGCCCAUUCCACCUUUGACAAAUUGGUCUUUGCGAACUCUUCGUUUUGAAAUCACUGCCUCGGCGGCCUGCUCCUACGCAAGCAUUACGGAUGGCUAUUAUAAUUAUCUGGCCUCGUCCCUUUUCGCCGGUGGGUUGCCGCGCCUAUCUGCCCUCUAUGUCCGCGAUCAGAACUUCCCCGACAUCCUCCUCGGCCUCCCACUACCCACGCCUGGAUUCGCGGGCAGUCGCCAUCGACCAAGUAGCUCUAGCAGUGCUGUCUUGUUUAGCCCAGGCGGAGCCGGCCUCUCACCUAAUAGCACAAACAGUUUCGACAAUGUGCCUGCACGUUUCGGUUCCAACAACCCAUUCGCCCCGGCAGCAUUCGAUCAAUCCCGCGGAAUGGGAACGCUUUCGCUCAACCAAACGCUUGAGGUUUUCACCAAAGGGGAGGAUGACAUUGACUGGGGGAGCAUUCGGAUGGAUCCCUUCGAUACUCGCGGCACCGCAUACAAUGGGGCUAAAGGUCAUCGCAGCAGUAGUAGUGUGACAAGCGGCCGUCCUUUGAGUAGUUAUGGUCUCGCGGACUCAGACCCUGGCUGGCUAGGUACGGGUGGCGCGAGAAGGAGUGUGGUAAUGCAGGGCACUGGUUCUGGUGGAUUUUUAGCUGUACCAGGCGAUACGGGCGUCUCUAGUCGCAGGGAAAGCGCCGGGACUUUAGGCCAUCACAAAGAAGAUCUAUGGCCGAGACCCAAUAGUAGCCACGGACCUAAGAAGGGGGAUCGAGACCUAUGGCGUUAAAUGACAGCGGAUUAAAGAAGAGGCGUGCGGCUGGUCUUUGGGAAUACCUGGUAUAUUUAACUAUGUACGUUUUUCCGUACUGCUUUGACUGUGGUGGUGCAGAGGUUCGUUC